CGCGCCGUGACUGCGCUUUCCCUAAUCUCCUGGCCUGAGACGUGGACGAGCGAUGACCCCAACCGAAAGCGUGACACCCAAACCGCCCUAACGAUCCCGCCGACCUCUUCAAAUCCUCAGAUUGCCGAAUAUCGCACUCUUCCACCAUGGAAGCGGUCGCGCCCGCCCCGUCGCCGAGUCCAGGGGCGAACGGCGUUCCGGCUGCGCCGUUCGCUGCGGUCGAUCCGGCACGCGUCGUCGAGUAUCUCGCCGUCCUCCUCGAAGCCGCCCUUGGCGCAAGCCGGAAAGAGCUCGAGGGGCCGGGUAGUUUGCUGUCCCCGACUCUGUAUAACGACACGCUUCAGCGGUGUACCCGCUUCGCCCUGGAUACCCAAGUCGCGCUCUACAUUCAGAAGGACUUAGUUCCCACGGAUGCGCUCCAGAAUGGGAACGCUGCUGAGCAUAUGCCGAUGCACGUCUACUCGAUCUCCUCCGAUCUCUCCUCGUCCACCACCACCGUGGCUUUCCUCGUGCUCCUCAAACGCCCGCAGCCUCUCGACCCCAGCGUGCCGAUAACCUCGCAGAUCCAGAUGCUCAACCUGCCCGGCCCGGCAUAUCUGUCUGCCACGGCCGGCGAGCAGGGCCCGACCGGUUCGCCCUACGAGAUCCUCCAGCUCUACCUACACAAUGGCUUGGCGCCGUAUUUUGAUGCCAGCACCAAAAGCCAGCAGAUGCUGAGCGGCGGGAGAGGGCGGACGGACGUGGAUGCGAAGACCGGAAUUCCCGUCACCAAGAAGCGGUGGACCGAGCUCGAGCUCAGCCUGUCUCACCUGCAGCAAAACGUCGAGAUCCCGGAGGUCUCGCUGCCCUUCCACCCCAUCGUGCAGACAGCGCUGGACGAGGCGGCGGCCAAACAGGCAAAACCGACCCUCGAUCUCAUCCCGUCCGCCGUCCUGCAGGACAGCACCUUCUUGAACAACCUCCAAGCCACGGUCAACAACUGGAUCAAGUCGAUCCAGGUCAUCACCAAGAUGACGAGGGACCCCACCACCGGCACGGCCACUCAGGAGAUCAACUUCUGGUUAUCGAUGGAGUCUGCGCUCGAGGGGAUAGAGAACCAGCUGCGGAGCGAGGGUGUGAUGCUCACCCUCGAGAUCCUGAAGCACGCCAAGCGUUUCCAAGCUACCGUCAGCUUCACGGCCGACACCGGCUUGAAGGAGGCCAUGGAAAAGGUGCAGAAAUACAACCAACUCAUGCGCGACUUCCCGCUUGACGAGUUGCUCUCCGCUACCACUCUGCUCAAGGUCAACGACUCGAUCGGGCAGAUCUUCGGUCAUCUGAACAAGAAGCUGAGGAUAUGUCCGUACCCCAUUCGCCGUGCGCUGCCCCUCGUCGAGACCAUCUCGGGCGACUUGGACGAGGUGCUGCACCGCCUCUUGCCGGGCACGGAACUGGUGAAGCUCGACUACCAGGACUUCCGCCGCGUCAUGAAGCAGGCCGACGCGAUCUUCAGGACGUGGGACGAGAACAUCAAGGAGUUCACAAAUGUCGCCCGCGAGGUGACAAGACGCCGCAACGAGCGGUUUAUCCCCAUCAAGAUCAACCCCAGGCACGGAGAGCUGCAAGCCCGCUUGAAGUACGUCAGCAACUUCCGCGACAACCACGAGCAGCUGCAGCGGACUAUCGUCAACGUCCUCGGCCCGAAAGCGACCGUGAACGGCCUUGCCGAUGGGUCCGGCAUCAAUGGCACUGCCGUUGUGGAGGAGAUCGGCGACGUCGACGCCGUGGAGGAGGUGAGGCAAGCCUGGGAAGGUCUGAAAGAUGUCGACCUCCUUGAUGUCACCCCUGAGGGCACGCAAAAAUGGGCCCGUGCCGAGAACAUCUAUAAUGAGCGCACCUCGCGUGUCGAAAACUCCAUUAUUGCGCGGCUACGUGACCGGCUGGCCACGGCCAAGAAUGCCAACGAGAUGUUCCGCGUCUUCUCCAAGUUCAACGCGCUCUUUGUGCGCCCCAAGAUCCGCGGUGCCAUCGCCGAGUACCAGACCCAGCUGAUCGACAACGUCAAGCAAGCCAUCACGGCACUGCACGAGCGGUUCAAGCAGCAGUACGGCCACUCCGAAGCCCAUGCCAUGGCACAGCUUCAUGACCUCCCACCCGUAUCUGGUGCCAUCAUCUGGGCGCGCCAGAUCGAGCGGCAGCUUGACGGGUACAUGAAGAAGGUCGAGGACGUGCUGGGUGCUGACUGGACACUACACGCCGAGGGCCAGCGGCUGCAGAACGAGAGCGAUCUCUUCCGGAAGAAGCUCGACACGCGGCCUAUCUUCGAGGCGUGGCUUCAUGAUGUGCAGAGGAAGCAGAUCUCAAUAUCUGGCCUUCUUUUCAACAUCAACCGCAUCCGCUCCGCCGGGAACACGUUGGAGCUCGCAGUCAACUUCGAUCCUCAGGUCAUUGCAUUGUUCAAGGAGACGCGGAACUUGGUGUGGCUCAACUUCCCUGUUCCUCACUCAAUCAACAAUGUGGCCAAGGAGGCGAAGCGUGUAUACCCGUAUGCCGUCAGCUUGAUGGAGAGCGUCAGGACGUUCGCGCAGACCAAUCGCCAGAUCUCCGAGAUGUCUGAGGUUGCCGUGCUUCUGAGCGGCCAUCGUGACGAGGUUUACACGCUGAUUGCCAAGGGCAUCCCCCUGAAGUGGGAGUCGUUUGUCAACACUUACGAGGUACACUUCAAGAAUUACACGGCUAACGGCAGCCUCGACAAUUUCGCCAAGAACGGGGAGAGCAAGCAUGUGAUGUUCAUCCGCGAGUUUGCAGCAGCCGUAUCCCUGCUGCAGUCCAAGACCAUUACGCUGGCCAACAUUCAUGCCACCGUACAGAAGGCCUUGUCUGAGCUCGAGCGAUGCCCUUACGAAGUCUCGGCGUUUGAGUCCCGCUUGGAAACCAUCCAGAGCGCGGUCGACCAGCUCAACCUCGAACAGUACGUCAACCUCGGCUACUGGGUGGAGCGCAUGAACAGGCAGAUCAAAACGGCCCUCCUUGCCCGCCUGCAGCAUGCUAUUCAAGCUUGGAUCGAGGCUUUCGAGGGCGAGUACCUCGAGAGACCGAACGACCGCAAGCGGGCUCUGGAGCCCGCCGAUGACUCCAAGGCGGAUGUGCCGGUGAUCAAGAAGCUCGUUCACGAAAUCACGAUGCGCAACCAGGUCAUCUACCUCGACCCGCCACUCGAGUUCGCCCGCGCGAGCUGGUACGCUCAGCUUCAGGAGUGGAUCGGCGUCGUGUGCAACUUGAAAAAGAUCAAGGCUACCCGCUACCAGAUGUCCAUUAGCACGACCGUGUACGACGAGCCGCGCUUCAACGACCUGCCCAGCGAGUGCACGCAAGCGCUUUUGCGGGUGCAGACGUCGGUCGAAGCCAAGAUCCGAGAAAUCGGGGCCUACGUGGACAAGUGGCUUCAGUUCCAGUCGCUUUGGGACUUGCAAUCAGAGCAUGUAUACGAAGUCCUCGGCGACCAGCUGUCGAGGUGGCUGCAGUUGCUCCAGGAAAUCAGGAAGACGCGUCAGACCUUUGACACCACCGAAGUCAGCCGCUCAUUUGGCCACAUCACCAUCGACUAUGAUCAGGUUCAGACCAAGGUCAACGCCAAAUACGACCAGUGGCAGCACGACAUCCUGAUCAAGUUCGCCAGCCGCCUCGGCACGCGCAUGCGGGAAGUCCACGCCGAGAUCGAAAAGGCCCGCCGGGAUAUCGAAGGCCAGGCGAUCGAGGCCAAUUCGACUGCUCAGGCCGUGCAGUUCAUCACGACCGUGCAGACUUGCAAGCGCCAGGUGAAGCUUUGGGCGCCCGAGGUCGAGACGUUCAGACAGGGCGAAUCGACGCUCGUGAGGCAGCGGUACCAGUUUCCCAAUGAUUGGCUCCACGUUGAGCAGGUGGACGGAGCGUGGGAUGCACUGAACGAAGCCCUCGCCCGCAAGGCCAAGAUCGUGCAGGACCAGACGGAUGCGCUGCGUGCUAAGAUCAUCGCUGAGGACAAGGUCAUCCUUGACAAGAUCGAAGAGAUUGCCCAGCUCUGGAACGAAGAGAAGCCCGUCUCGGGCACCAUCCCCCCGGAUGUCGCCUCUGCUACCCUCAGCGACUUCGAAAUGAAGAUCACCAGGCUCCAGGAGGAGUCUGCCAUGGUCGUGAAGGCCAAGGAAGCUCUUGACCUGCCUGCCACCCCGGAGACCUCGCUCGCCGUCAUCCUGGAAGAAGUGCAAGAUUUCAAGUCGGUGUGGGCUUCGCUGUCCACCAUCUGGAACAAUGUGAACGAGCUCCGCGAGAUCCUCUGGAACAGCGUGCAGCCCCGGAAGAUUCGAUCUUCCAUCGACAACCUCAUCAAGAUGACCAAGGAAAUGCCGAGUAGGAUGCGGCAGUAUGCCGCCUUUGAGCAUGUUCAGAACGUUCUGCGGCAGCUGAUGAAGGUCAACCCCAUGCUCGCCGAGCUCAAGUCGGAAGCCGUCCGGGACCGGCACUGGACUAAGAUCUACAAGCAAAUCAAGCCUGGCAAACGCUAUUCUCCCGUCUCCAUGACUCUGGGAGACGUCUGGGAUCUCAAUCUCGUUGCCACCGAGGCCAUUGUCAAGGAUAUCAUUGUCCAAGCCCAGGGCGAGAUGGCGCUGGAGGAGUUCCUCAAGCAAGUCCGCGAGACGUGGACCGGCUACGGCCUCGAGCUGGUCAACUACCAGAACAAGUGCCGCCUCAUCCGCGGCUGGGACGACCUCUUUGCCAAGUGCAGCGAGAACCUCAACUCGCUGCAGGCCAUGAGGCACUCGCCGUACUACAAGGAGUUCGAGGAGGAAGCCUCGGCGUGGGAGGACAAGCUCAAUCGCGUCCAUGUGCUCUUCGACGUGUGGAUCGACGUCCAGCGCCAGUGGGUCUACCUUGAGGGCGUCUUUACCGGCAAUGCCGAUAUCAAGCACCUCCUGCCGAUCGAGUCGUCGCGCUUCCAGAACAUCAACAGCGAGUUUUCGGCCGUGAUGAAGAAGGUCUACAAGCAGCCCAACGUUUUGGAUGUCCUGAACAUCCCCAACGUGCAAAAGUCGCUCGAGCGGCUGGCCGAACUGCUCAACAAGAUCCAGAAGGCGCUUGGAGAGUACCUCGAGAAGGAGCGCGUCUCGUUCCCCCGCUUCUACUUCGUCGGCGACGAGGACCUGCUCGAGAUGAUUGGCAACAGCAACGACACCAUGCGCAUUGCCAAGCACUUCAAGAAGAUGUUCGCGGGCCUGGCCGGCUUGGUGAUGGAUGAGGAGUCGGUCAUCGCCGGGUUCACCUCGAAGGAAGGCGAAGUGGUCCGGCUCAAGAAGGAGAUCAACCUUGUCAAGACGCCCAGGAUCAAUGACUGGCUGGCCUUGUUGGAGAACGGCAUGAAGGCAACGUUGGCUGAGCUCUUGGCCGAGGCGGUUGAGGAUUUUGGCCCUAUCUUUGCUAGCAAGGCCAUUGACCGCGAGGCUCUCACCAGGUUCAUGGAGUCGUAUCCUAGUCAGAUUGUCGUGCUGGCCACGCAGGUCGUCUGGACGACAUCGGUCGAACAGGCCCUGGCUGAGGGGGGUGGAAAUCUUCAGGCCCUCUUUGACCGUGAGGUGCAGGUGCUCCGCCUGCUCGCGGAGACGGUCCUCGGCGACCUCGAGGUGCUCAUGCGCAAGAAGUGCGAACAGCUGAUCACCGAAUGCGUGCACCAGCGGGAUGUCAUCGAGAAGCUGAUCAAGGCCAACGCCCGCUCCAACACACACUACCUUUGGCUACUCCAGAUGCGCUAUGUCUACGUUCCCGAGGGCGAUUUCCUGCAGCGCCUGCACAUCAAAAUGGCCAACGCCAAGCUCAGCUACGGCUUCGAGUAUCUGGGAGUUCCCGACCGGCUCGUUCGGACGCCGCUCACCGACCGUUGCUUCCUCACGCUCACCCAGGCUCUGUGCCAGCGUCUCGGCGGCUCUCCCUACGGCCCGGCAGGUACGGGUAAGACGGAGUCCGUCAAGGCUCUCGGUGUCCAGCUCGGUCGUUUCACGCUCGUCUUCUGCUGCGACGACACGUUUGACUUCCAGGCUAUGGGCCGCAUUUUCCUUGGUAUUUGCCAGGUCGGCGCCUGGGGUUGCUUCGACGAGUUCAACCGUCUCGAGGAGAGGAUCCUGUCUGCCGUCUCGCAGCAGAUUCAGAACAUCCAGCUUGGCCUGAAGCAGGGUGCUGUGGACGAAAAGGCGCAGAUCGAGCUCGUCGGCCGCCAGCUGCGUGUCAACGCCAAUACGGGCAUCUUCAUCACCAUGAACCCUGGCUAUGCCGGCCGUUCCAACCUCCCCGACAACUUGAAGAAGCUGUUCCGCAGCGUCGCCAUGUCCAAGCCCGACAAGGAACUCAUCGCCGAGGUCAUGCUCUACUCGCAGGGCUUCAACCAAGCCAAGCAGCUCUCCAAGCAGACAGUGCCUUUCUUCGACCAGUGCUCGGCCAAGCUGUCAAAACAGGCGCACUACGACUUCGGCCUGCGUGCGCUCAAGAGCGUGCUGGUUAGUUCCGGCGGGCUGAAGCGUGCCCGGCUGACCGGCGGCGAUGGCAAUCUCGGCGCAGAGGAGGUUGUCGAGCCUGAGAUCAUUGUGCAGAGUAUCCGCGAGACCAUUGCGCCCAAGCUGAUCAAGCCGGACGUCGACAUCAUGAUGGGCAUCGAGGAGGUCUGCUUCCCCGGCGUCAAAUAUGUGCCCGCCAACCUGGCCCAGCUCGAGGACGCCAUUCGCCGCCUGGCGGCCGAGAGACAUUUGGUUGUCAACGAGUUGUGGAUGACCAAGGUGCUCCAGCUGUACCAGAUCCAGAAGAUCCAUCACGGCGUCAUGAUGGUGGGCAACUCGGGCUCUGGCAAGUCUGCGGCGUGGAGGCUGCUGCUGGAUGCGCUGCAGCAGGUUGAGAAUGUGGAGGGCGUGUCGCAUGUGAUUGACAGCAAGGUCAUGUCCAAGGAAGCGCUCUACGGCAACUUGGAUUCGACGACCAGAGAGUGGACCGACGGUCUGUUCACGAGCAUCCUCCGCAAGAUCGUCGAUAACCUUCGCGGCGAGGACACCAAGCGCCACUGGAUUAUCUUUGAUGGCGACGUCGACCCGGAGUGGGUCGAGAACCUGAACAGCGUGCUCGACGACAACAAGCUGCUGACCUUGCCCAACGGCGAGCGUCUCAACCUGCCUCCCAACGUCCGUAUCAUGUUUGAGGUGGAGAAUCUCAAGUACGCCACGCUCGCCACUGUCAGUCGUUGCGGCAUGGUCUGGUUCAGCGAGGAUACUGUUACGCCCAGCAUGAUGGUCACCAACUACCUCGAGACGCUCCGCUCUGUUGCUUUUGAGGAUCUCGAUGAAGACGCCGUGGCCACGGGCCAGAGUUCAGCCAAGGCUCUAGAGGCGCAGCGUCAGGUGGCUGAUCUCCUGCAGGCGUACCUCACGACCGACAACUUCAUCAUCUUGGCGCUGCAGCAAGCCGAGGGGUUCAAUCACAUCAUGGAAUUCACCGUCGCCCGUGUCCUCAACACGCUCUUUUCGCUGCUCAACAAGACUGUUCGCAACAUCAUCGAGUACAAUGCGCAACACACCGACUUCCCCCUUGAUCCGGAGCAGGUCGAGGCGUACGUCUCAAAGAAGCUGCUUCUCGCGAUGGUGUGGGCUCUGACGGGCGACUGCCCACUGUCCGACCGCAAGCUGUUUGGCGAUAAGGUUGCCGGCUUGGCCAGCUUUGGCUCGCCGCCGCUGGACGGCACAGCCUCGCUCAUCGACUUCGACGUCUCGCUGCCCGGCGCGAACUGGGAGCCUUGGCAGAACCAGGUGCCGACCAUCGAGGUUAAUACCCACUCCGUCACACAGACCGAUGUGGUCAUCCCGACGCUUGAUACGGUCCGCCACGAGGAUGUCCUCUACUCGUGGCUGGCCGAGCACAAGCCGCUGCUCCUGUGCGGUCCUCCCGGUUCCGGUAAGACCAUGACGCUGUUCAGCGCCCUCCGCAAGCUGCCCAACAUGGAGGUGGUCGGCCUCAACUUCUCCAGCGCCACCACGCCCGACCUCCUCAUCAAGACGUUCGAGCAGUACUGCGAGUACAAGAAAACGCUCAAUGGGGUCAUGCUUUCGCCGACCCAGAUCGGCCGCUGGCUGGUCAUCUUCUGUGACGAGAUCAACUUGCCCGCGCCCGAUAAGUACGGCACGCAGCGCGCCAUCUCGUUCCUGCGCCAGCUCGUCGAGCACAACGGCUUCUGGCGGACCUCGGACAAGUCGUGGGUCACGCUCGAUCGGAUCCAGUUCGUCGGUGCCUGCAACCCGCCCACGGAUGCCGGCCGCACCCCGAUGGGCGCCCGAUUCCUCAGACACGCGCCGCUCAUCAUGGUCGAUUACCCCGGCGAGCAGUCGCUCAUGCAGAUCUACGGAACCUUCAACUCGGCCGUGCUCAAGAUCAUCCCCUCGCUCCGUGGCUAUGCCGAGCCGCUUACCCAGGCAAUGGUCCGCUUCUACCUUGAGUCGCAGCAGCGCUUCACCCCCAAGAUCCAGCCGCACUACGUCUACAGUCCCCGUGAGCUCACGCGGUGGGUGCGCGGCGUGUAUGAGGCUAUUCGGCCGCUCGAGUCCCUGUCGGUGGAGGGCCUCAUCCGCAUCUGGGCGCACGAAGCGCUGCGCCUGUUCCAGGAUCGGUUGGUGGCGGAGGAGGAGCGCAAGUGGACCGAUGAGGCUGUGCGCCGCAUCGCUAUGGAGUACUUCCCUACCAUCGACGAGCAGAAGGCGCUCGGCGGGCCGAUCCUCUUCUCCAACUGGCUCUCCAAGCACUACAUGCCGGUCGACCGCGAGCAGCUGCGUGACUUUGUCAAGGCCCGCCUCAAAACGUUCUGCGAGGAGGAGGUCGACGUGCCGCUCAUCCUGUUCAAUGAUGUCCUGGAGCAUGUCCUGCGGAUUGAUCGGGUCUUCAGGCAGCCGCAAGGCCACUUGAUUCUUAUCGGUGUCAGCGGCAGUGGCAAGACGACGCUGUCGCGCUUCGUCGCCUGGAUGAACGGCCUCAAGGUGUUCCAGAUCAAGGUUCACGGCAAGUACUCGGCCGAAGACUUCGACGAGGAUCUGAGGGAGGUUCUCCGCCGGUGUGGCUGCAAGGGGGAGAAGAUCUGCUUCAUAAUGGACGAGUCGAACGUGCUUGAUUCUGGGUUCCUGGAGCGCAUGAACACCCUGCUGGCCAACGCCGAGGUGCCCGGUCUCUUCGAGGGCGAUGACCUCGCGGCGCUCAUGACUGCUUGCAAGGAGGGCGCGCAGAGGCAGGGCUUGCUGCUGGACUCGCAGGAGGAGCUCUACAAGUGGUUUACCGGCCAGAUCGUCAAGAACCUGCACGUCGUGUUCACCAUGAACCCGCCAGAGGACGGCCUCUCGUCUAAGGCGGCUACGUCGCCUGCGCUGUUCAACCGUUGCGUGCUCAACUGGUUCGGUGACUGGUCAGACCAGGCGCUGUUCCAGGUCGGACACGAGCUCACCCAUUCCAUCGACUUGGACAGGCCCAACUGGGUUGCUCCCGAUACGCUCCCGGUGGCCUACCGCGGGCUCAACAUGCCACCUUCUCACCGGGAGGCGGUCAUCAACUCCAUGGUGUACAUCCACUACUCGCUGCAGCGCUUCAAUGCCAAGCUCCUCAAGCAGCAGGGUAAGGUCACGUUCCUCACGCCGCGGCACUUCCUCGACUUUGUGGCGCAGUAUGUCAAGCUGUACAAUGAGAAGCGGGAGGAUCUGGAGGAGCAGCAGCGCCAUCUCAACGUCGGCCUGGAGAAACUGCGCGACACGGUCGACAAGGUCCGUGAUCUCCGCGCCAGCCUGGCCGAGAAGAAGGCGCAGCUCGAGCAGAAGGACGCCGAGGCCAACGAGAAGCUGCAGCGCAUGGUGGCCGAUCAGCGCGAAGCCGAGCAGCGCAAGAACACGUCGCUGGAGAUCCAGGCCGCGCUGGAGAAGCAGGAGGCCGAAGUGGCGUCGCGCAAGCAGAUCGUGCUUCAGGACCUCGCGCGCGCCGAGCCCGCGGUCGAAGAGGCUAAGGCGUCCGUCAGCAACAUCAAGCGGCAGCACCUCACCGAGGUGCGGUCCAUGGGCGCGCCGCCGCAGGGCGUCCGUCUGGCGCUCGACUCGGUCUGCACGCUCAUCGGCCACAAGGUCAGCGACUGGAAGCAGAUCCAGGCGGUCGUCCGCCGCGACGACUUCAUCGCCAGCAUCAUCAACUUCAACAACGAGAAGCAGAUGACCAAGGCACUGCGGCUCAAGAUGCGCAACGAGUUCCUGGCGAACCCGGAGUUCACGUUCGAGAAGGUCAACCGGGCCAGCAAGGCCUGCGGUCCGCUGGUGCAGUGGGUCGAGGCGCAGGUCAACUACGCCGAAAUCUUGGACCGCGUCGGCCCGCUGCGCGAGGAGGUGAUGCUGCUGGAGGAGCAGGCUCUGCAGACCAAGGCCGAGGCGAAGGCGGUCGAGCAGACGAUCGCGAACCUCGAGGCCAGCAUCGCCACAUACAAGACCGAGUACGCGGCGCUCAUCAGCGAGACGCAGGCGAUCAAGGCGGAGAUGGCGCGCGUCCAAUCCAAAGUCGACCGCAGCGUCAAGCUGCUAGACAGUCUGUCGUCUGAGCGGAUGCGCUGGGAGGAGGGCAGCAAGUCGUUCGAGACGCAGAUCAGCACGCUAGUGGGCGACGUGCUCGUGGCGGCCGCGUUCCUGGCCUACAGCGGUCUGUACGACCAGACCUUCAGGAAGUCGAUGAUGGAAGACUGGCUUCACCAGCUGCACCUCUCGGGCAUCCAGUUCAAGCAGCACAACCCGGUUACCGAGUACCUGUCCACGGCGGACGAGAGGCUCGGCUGGCAGGAGAACACACUGCCGGUCGACGACCUCUGCACCGAGAACGCGAUCGUGCUCAAGCGGUUCAACCGGUACCCGCUCAUCAUCGACCCGUCCGGGCGCGUCACCGAGUUCCUGCAGAGGGAGUGCAAAGACCGCCGGCUCACGGUCACCAGUUUCUUGGACGACUCGUUCACGAAGCAGCUCGAGAGCUCGCUCCGGUUCGGCAAUCCGAUCCUCAUCCAGGACGCGGAGCACCUCGACCCGGUGCUCAAUCACGUACUCAACAAGGAGUACCAGAAGACGGGCGGCCGCGUCCUGAUCCAGCUGGGCAAGCAGCAGAUCGACUUCUCGCCGUCGUUCAAGCUCUACCUGUCGACGCGGGAUCCGUCGGCCACGUUCGCGCCCGACAUCUGCAGCCGCACGACCUUUGUCAACUUCACCGUCACGCAGAGCAGCCUGCAGACGCAGUCGCUGGCCGAGGUGCUCAAGUCGGAGCGGCCGGACGUGGACGAGCGGCGGUCGAACCUCAUCAAGCUGCAGGGCGAGUUCAAGGUGCACCUGCGGCAGCUCGAGAAGCGGCUGCUGCAGGCGCUCAACGAGUCGCGCGGCAACAUCCUGGACGACGACAACGUCAUCGAGACGCUCGAGACGCUCAAGACGGAGGCGGCCGAGAUCUCGGCCAAGAUGAGCAACACGGAGGGUGUCAUGGCCGAGGUCGAGGAGAUCACGCUGCAGUACAACGUCAUCGCGCGGUCGUGCAGCGCCGUGUUCGCCGUGCUGGAGCAGCUGCACUACCUCAACCACUUCUACCAAUUCUCGCUGCAGUACUUCCUCGACAUCUUCCACUCGGUGCUGCACGGCAACCCGCACCUCGCCGGCGAGAUGAACCACAACGUGCGCCGCGACAUCAUCGUCAGGGACCUGUUCGUGACGACGUUCAAGCGCACGGCGCUGGGCCUGCUGCAGAAGGACCGCGUCACGUUGGCGAUGCUCCUGGCGCAGGCGUCGCCGUACAAGAUGGACAAGGGUCUGCUGGACGUGAUCCUGGAUGAGCGGAUCGAGGGCAGGGACGUGUCGACCGACGGCGCGGCCAAGGACGACGCAUUUGCGCGCGCCAAGCGCAUCACGGCGCUCAAGGAGAGGCUCGACGCGGCCCCGCAGGCCGAGUGGGACAGGUUCUUGGCCGAGGAGCUCGCGGAGAACUUCGUGCCCAAGAUCUGGGACGACAACACGGAGCCGGCGGACCAGGCGCUCAUGUCGCUACUGCUGGUCAAGCUCUUCCGGCUCGACCGAUUCGUGCCCGCCGCCGAGCGCUUCGUCACGCUCGUCUUCGGCGCCGACCUGCUCGACGUCGUCGAGGACCUCAAGCAGACGGUCGACCAGGUCUCAGCCACGCGGCCGAUCGCGCUCGUGUCGAGCCCGGGCUUCGACGCGUCGUACAAGGUCGACAGCCUCGUCGAGCGCAUGCGCGUGCGCUGCACCAACAUCGCCAUGGGCUCCAACGAAGGGCUCGCCAGCGCCGACAAGGCCAUCAGCAACGCGGCGCAGACGGGCUCGUGGGUGCUCAUCAAGAACGUCCACCUGGCGCCGACGUGGCUGCAGAGCCUCGAGAAGCGGAUGGAGUCGCUCAACCCCCACAAGGACUUCCGCCUGUUCCUGUCGAUGGAGUCGUCGCCCAAGAUCCCCGUCAACCUGCUACGAGCGUCGCGCGUGCUGAUGUACGAGCAGCCGGCCGGCGUCCGCGCCAACAUGAAGGACUCGAUGUCGUCGCUGUCGACGCGCGCGGUCCGGAGCCCCGUCGAGCGCACCCGCCUGUACCUGCUGCUGUCGUUCCUGCACGCCGUCGUGCAGGAGCGCCUGCGGUACGCGCCCAACCUGGGGUGGAAGGGCUUCUGGGAGUUCAACGAUGCGGAUUACGAGUGCUGCGCCUUCGUCAUCGACACGUGGAUCGACGCCACGGCGCAGAACCGCACCAACAUCGCGCCGGCCAAUAUCCCCUGGGACAUGAUCCGCUACCUGGUCACGGAGACGUACGGCGGCAAGAUCGACGACGACGCCGACUUCCGGGUGCUCGAGUCGCUCGUGCGGACGAUCCUCACGCCCGCGGCGUUCGACAUUGGCCACAAGCUCGUCGGCGGCCAGGGCCAGGGCCAAACCGAGGGCGAGAGCGGGGACGAGGGCGAGAGCGAGAGCGGCGCCGACGCGGCGGCCGAGCUCGUCGUCCCCGCCGGCACGUCGCUGCAGGAGUUCAUGGGCUGGAUCCAGCGGCUGCCGGAGCGCGAGCCGCCCACGUACCUGGGCCUGCCGGCCAACGCGGAGAAGCUGCUGCUGGUGGGGCUGGGCAGGAGCAUGAUCGGAAACCUGAAGAAGGUCACGGACUUGCUGGAUGAGGGCGAGGCGUUGAUGACGGAGGCUUAGCCCUGGCAGGCCUGUCGGGUUGGGAGUGGGUGUUCAUGAGGGUGGGUGUGUGUAUGACGGGCAAGGGGUUGUGUAUUCCUGAGAAUGGUGUUACGGGGUAUGGUAUGGAAUGGGUGUUCUGUUACAUAUGCCACUCCA